CAUAUCCAAAAAACCUAUAAUAUAUACUAUAUGUUCGUUAUAUGCCGGUUAGUUGCAUUAGAGCAAAGAGUCAAUAAAGGUACUAAAGUUGAGAUUAAAAUUUAGCAUGGCAACGAUACAGCAACAAUCACCAACACAAAAACAACCACUUCAGCAGCCGCAACAACACCAAUUCGCAUUGCUUCCAAAGAUUAUAAAUGGCGGUAUUGCAGGCAUAAUUGGUGUAACAUGUGUAUUUCCACUGGAUUUGGUAAAGACGCGGCUACAGAACCAGCAAAUAGGCCCCAAUGGCGAACGCAUGUACAACAGCAUGUUCGAUUGCUUUCGGAAGACCUACGCAACAGAGGGUUACUUUGGGAUGUAUCGUGGAUCCGGUGUUAAUAUACUCUUGAUCACUCCAGAAAAGGCCAUAAAACUGACUGCAAACGAUUACUUUCGCCAUAAGCUGACCACCAAGGAUGGCAAACUUCCCAUAAGCAGUCAAAUGAUAGCGGGCGGCUUGGCUGGCGCGUUUCAAAUAAUUGUAACAACGCCCAUGGAACUGCUAAAGAUUCAAAUGCAGGAUGCUGGACGAGUGGCUGCUGCUGCCAAAUUAGCGGGCAAACGCGUUGAGAAAACCUCAGCCACCCAAUUGGCCACAAAUCUGCUUAAGGAGAAAGGUAUUCUUGGACUAUACAAAGGAAUCGGUGCUACAGGACUUCGCGAUGUCACAUUUUCAAUAAUUUACUUCCCACUAUUCGCCAAGCUUAACGAACUUGGUCCACGGCGCUCAGAUGGCUCCGGUGAAGCAGUUUUUUGGUGCUCUUUCCUGGCAGGGUUAGCAGCAGGCUCGACAGCUGCGUUGGCGGUCAAUCCAUUCGACGUGGUUAAAACACGCUUGCAAGCUAUUAAAAAAAUCGAUGGUGAAAAGGAAUUUAAGGGAAUUUCCGAUUGCAUUACUAAAACCUUACAGCACGAAGGACCCACCGCAUUUUUCAAGGGUGGACUUUGUCGUAUGAUUGUGAUUGCUCCAUUAUUUGGAAUUGCCCAAACUAUUUACUAUUUGGGAGUUGCCGAAGGCCUGCUUGGUGUCCAAAAAAAGUAACUGACGAUUGAGAGUCAUAAAAUGAAAAUGCUUGCUCUCUAUGUAUUUAAUGUAUAUUGUGUUAUGAAACUUGUUGUUUUUAAUGUUAUAGCUUGAUGUAAAUAGUUUCCAAUGCUCCACUGCUCUAGAUUUAUUAUGCUAUUCCUCUUCGUAGGAACAUGGUUUAAUUUUUGCAUGAGGUUGAAGCAGAUAAAUAAAGCAAAAGAUUAAAGUAAUUUUAUAUCCAAAUGACAAUAAGAAUUAAAAGAAAAGCAAUGAAAUAAUUAAAAGAUGUGGCGUGUUCUUUUACAUAUAACAUUUAUAAUAAGUCACAUUUCCAUUUUUAUUUGCUUUUAGACAUCGCUUUUUGUUAAAAGCACUCAAUUAUGAGGAAACCUAA